CUGGUUGUGUAAUCAGAUAUACUCCCCGUCAAAGGACUUGGGACGAAAUUUUUUCUAUGGAAUAUUGAGAGGCAUGAUUGUUAGGGGAAUCAGUUCUCUUUUUAAAGUGAAACAGAACAAAAUGAAAAGACAAAUAAGGGGUGAGUUGUUUAUAAUACAAGUAUAACCACAAAGCUGGCCAGAAGCAAGUUUGCCCCUCACCCCAUCCACCGUGUGCAUUUUUCUAGGUUUCCUGCCCGUAUACACUUUAUUUUACAAAAUCAUAAGUGGAAUGGAAACUGUUGAUUUAUUCGUGCAGUACUAUAAUCUGAUUUCCUGUGUCGCAACACUCUCCACAAUGGGUGUUCUAAUGGCUAUGUUAUGGUCCACUGAGGGAAAGAACCAUUGUUUACAUUUCCAGAAAGUUCCAUGGGUUUUAUUGACUCUUGGACAUGCGUGCAUUCAGCAAGUGCUUCCUGAGCGUCUGUGGGAGGUCCUGGCCAGAGAUGAUGGCCAGGUGGUCCAGGCCUGAGAUGGCCUGGCCCUGUCUUCUAGAGCCGUUGGAGCUUCCCUCCCGGUGGUGUGGCUGAGAGACUGGAGCCUUCUUACCCAGUUGAGUCAGUGGAAAACAGGUCCGGGCUGUGAGUGGCCAUGGCGCAGCAAGCGGCAGAUAAAUAUCUCUAUGUGGACAAAAACUUCAUCAAUAACCCGCUGGCUCAGGCUGACUGGGCUGCCAAGAAGUUGGUAUGGGUGCCUUCCGACAAGAGCGGCUUCGAGCCGGCCAGCCUCAAGGAGGAGGUGGGCGAGGAGGCCAUCGUGGAGCUGGUGGAGAAUGGGAAGAAGGUGAAGGUGAACAAAGAUGACAUCCAGAAGAUGAAUCCGCCCAAGUUCUCCAAGGUGGAGGACAUGGCGGAGCUCACGUGCCUCAACGAAGCAUCAGUGCUGCACAACCUCAAGGAACGAUACUACUCAGGGCUCAUCUACACCUAUUCAGGCCUUUUCUGUGUGGUCAUCAAUCCUUAUAAGAACCUGCCAAUCUACUCUGAAGAGAUUGUGGAAAUGUACAAGGGCAAGAAGAGGCAUGAAAUGCCACCCCACAUCUAUGCCAUCACAGACACUGCCUACAGGAGUAUGAUGCAAGAUCGGGAGGAUCAGUCCAUUUUGUGCACGGGAGAGUCUGGAGCCGGUAAGACGGAGAACACCAAGAAAGUCAUCCAGUACCUGGCUCACGUGGCCUCCUCACACAAGAGCAAGAAGGACCAGGGGGAGCUGGAGCGGCAGCUGCUGCAGGCCAACCCCAUCCUGGAGGCCUUCGGGAAUGCCAAGACAGUGAAGAAUGACAACUCCUCACGAUUUGGAAAAUUCAUUCGCAUCAACUUUGAUGUCAAUGGCUACAUCGUGGGCGCCAACAUUGAGACUUAUCUUUUGGAGAAAUCUCGUGCCAUCCGCCAAGCCAAGGAGGAACGGACCUUCCACAUCUUCUACUACCUGCUUUCUGGGGCUGGCGAGCACUUGAAGACUGAUCUCCUGUUGGAGCCAUACAACAAAUACCGCUUCCUGUCCAAUGGGCACGUCACCAUCCCCGGGCAGCAGGACAAGGACAUGUUCCAGGAGACUAUGGAGGCCAUGAGAAUUAUGGGCAUCCCAGAAGAGGAGCAAAUGGGCUUGCUGCGGGUCAUCUCAGGAGUUCUUCAGCUUGGCAACAUUGUCUUCAAGAAGGAGCGCAACACCGACCAGGCCUCCAUGCCUGACAACACAGCUGCCCAAAAGGUGUCCCACCUUCUGGGGAUCAACGUGACUGAUUUCACCAGAGGCAUCCUCACCCCACGCAUCAAGGUGGGACGAGACUACGUGCAGAAGGCGCAAACUAAAGAGCAGGCUGACUUUGCCAUUGAGGCCUUGGCCAAGGCCACCUAUGAGCGGAUGUUCCGCUGGCUGGUACUCCGUAUCAAUAAAGCUCUGGACAAGACCAAGAGGCAGGGUGCAUCGUUCAUUGGGAUCCUGGACAUCGCUGGCUUUGAGAUCUUUGAUCUGAACUCCUUUGAGCAGCUGUGCAUCAACUACACCAAUGAGAAGCUGCAGCAGCUGUUCAACCACACCAUGUUCAUCCUGGAGCAAGAGGAGUACCAACGUGAGGGCAUUGAGUGGAACUUCAUCGACUUCGGCCUAGACCUGCAGCCCUGCAUUGACCUCAUCGAGAAGCCAGCUGGCCCCCCUGGCAUCCUGGCCCUGCUGGAUGAGGAGUGCUGGUUCCCCAAAGCCACCGACAAAAGCUUUGUGGAGAAGGUGGUGCAGGAGCAGGGCACCCACCCCAAGUUCCAGAAGCCUAAGCAGCUGAAAGACAAGGCCGACUUCUGCAUCAUCCACUAUGCUGGCAAGGUGGAUUACAAAGCUGACGAGUGGCUGAUGAAGAACAUGGACCCCCUGAAUGACAACAUUGCCACACUUCUCCAUCAGUCCUCAGACAAGUUCGUGUCGGAGCUGUGGAAGGAUGUGGACCGCAUCAUUGGCCUGGACCAGGUGGCUGGCAUGUCUGAGACGGCGCUGCCUGGUGCCUUCAAGACGAGGAAGGGCAUGUUCCGCACUGUGGGACAGCUGUACAAGGAGCAGCUGGCCAAGCUGAUGGCCACGCUGAGGAACACCAACCCCAAUUUUGUCCGCUGCAUCAUCCCCAACCAUGAGAAGAAGGCUGGCAAACUGGACCCGCACCUGGUACUGGACCAGCUGCGCUGCAAUGGCGUCCUUGAGGGCAUCCGCAUCUGUCGCCAGGGUUUCCCCAACAGAGUGGUCUUCCAGGAGUUCCGCCAGAGAUACGAGAUUCUCACACCCAACUCCAUUCCCAAGGGCUUCAUGGAUGGGAAGCAGGCGUGCGUGCUCAUGAUCAAAGCCUUGGAGCUCGACAGCAACCUGUACCGCAUUGGCCAGAGCAAAGUGUUCUUCCGGGCUGGUGUGCUGGCCCACUUGGAGGAGGAGCGGGACCUGAAGAUCACUGAUGUCAUCAUAGGCUUCCAGGCCUGCUGCAGAGGCUACCUGGCCAGGAAGGCUUUCGCCAAGCGGCAGCAGCAGCUGACAGCCAUGAAGGUCCUGCAGCGGAACUGUGCCGCCUACCUCAAGCUGCGCAACUGGCAGUGGUGGAGGCUCUUCACAAAGGUCAAGCCCCUGCUACAGGUGAGCCGGCAGGAGGAGGAGAUGAUGGCGAAGGAGGAGGAGCUGGUGAAGGUGCGGGAGAAGCAGCUGGCUGCAGAGAACAGGCUCACAGAGAUGGAGACGUUGCAGUCUCAGCUCAUGGCGGAGAAGCUGCAGCUGCAGGAGCAGCUCCAGGCAGAAACCGAGCUGUGCGCUGAGGCUGAGGAGCUCCGAGCCCGCCUGACCGCCAAGAAGCAGGAGCUGGAGGAGAUCUGCCACGACCUGGAGGCCAGAGUGGAGGAGGAGGAGGAGCGCUGCCAGCACCUGCAGACGGAGAAGAAGAAGAUGCAGCAGAACAUCCAGGAACUCGAGGAGCAGCUGGAGGAGGAGGAGAGUGCCCGGCAGAAGCUGCAGCUAGAGAAGGUGACCACUGAGGCCAAGCUGAAGAAGCUGGAGGAGGACCAGAUCAUCAUGGAGGACCAGAACUGCAAAUUGGCCAAGGAGAAAAAACUGCUAGAAGACAGAAUAGCUGAAUUUACUUCGAACCUCAUGGAAGAGGAGGAGAAAUCCAAGAGCCUGGCCAAGCUGAAAAAUAAGCAUGAGGCAAUGAUCACUGACCUGGAAGAGCGCCUUCGCAGGGAGGAGAAGCAACGGCAGGAGCUGGAGAAGACCCGCCGCAAGCUGGAGGGAGACUCCACGGACCUCAGUGACCAGAUCGCUGAGCUCCAGGCACAGAUUGCGGAGCUCAAGAUGCAGCUGGCCAAGAAGGAGGAGGAGCUGCAGGCCGCUCUGGCCAGAGUGGAAGAAGAAGCUGCCCAGAAGAAUAUGGCCCUAAAGAAAAUUCGGGAACUGGAAUCCCAGAUUUCUGAACUCCAGGAAGAUCUGGAAUCUGAGCGAGCUUCUAGGAAUAAAGCUGAGAAACUGAAGCGGGAUCUUGGAGAAGAGCUGGAGGCCCUGAAAACUGAGCUGGAGGACACUCUGGACUCGACAGCUGCCCAGCAGGAGCUGAGGUCCAAACGUGAGCAGGAGGUGAACAUCCUGAAGAAGACCCUCGAGGAGGAGGCGAAGACCCACGAGGCUCAGAUCCAGGAGAUGCGGCAGAAGCACUCGCAGGCCGUAGAGGAACUGGCUGAGCAGCUGGAGCAGACAAAGCGGGUGAAAGCCACCCUUGAGAAAGCGAAGCAGACCCUGGAGAGCGAGCGGGGGGAGUUGGCCAACGAGGUGAAGGCCCUGCUGCAGGGCAAGGGUGACUCUGAGCACAAGCGGAAGAAGGUGGAGGGCCAGCUGCAGGAGCUGCAGGUCAAGUUCAACGAGGGAGAGCGCGUGCGCACCGAGCUGGCCGACAAGGUCACCAAGCUGCAGGUUGAGCUGGACAAUGUGACUGGUCUCCUCAACCAGUCUGACAGCAAGUCCAGCAAGCUCACUAAGGACUUCUCUGCACUGGAGUCCCAGCUGCAGGACACUCAGGAGCUGCUGCAGGAGGAGACCCGGCAGAAGCUGAGCCUCAGCACCAAGCUGAAGCAGAUGGAGGAUGAGAAGAACUCCUUCAAGGAGCAGCUGGAGGAGGAGGAGGAGGCCAAGCACAACCUGGAGAAGCAGAUCGCCAACCUCCAUGCUCAGGUGACCGACAUGAAGAAGAAGAUGGAGGACGGUGUGGGGUGCCUGGAAACAGCCGAGGAAGCCAAGCGGAAGCUUCAGAAGGACCUGGAAGGGCUGAGCCAGCGGCAUGAGGAGAAGGUGGCCGCCUACGACAAGCUGGAGAAGACCAAGACGCGGCUGCAGCAGGAGCUGGACGACCUGCUCGUGGACUUGGACCACCAGCGGCAGAGCGUGUCUAACCUGGAGAAGAAGCAGAAGAAGUUUGACCAGCUUCUGGCCGAGGAGAAGACCAUCUCUGCCAAGUAUGCAGAGGAGCGUGACCGGGCUGAGGCCGAGGCCCGAGAGAAGGAGACUAAGGCGCUGUCUUUGGCCCGGGCGCUGGAGGAGGCCAUGGAGCAGAAGGCGGAGCUGGAGCGGCUCAACAAGCAGUUCCGCACCGAGAUGGAGGAUCUCAUGAGCUCCAAGGACGACGUGGGCAAGAGUGUCCAUGAGCUGGAGAAAUCCAAGAGGGCUCUGGAGCAGCAGGUGGAGGAGAUGAAGACCCAGCUGGAGGAACUGGAGGACGAGCUGCAGGCCACUGAGGAUGCCAAGCUGCGGCUGGAAGUGAACCUGCAGGCCAUGAAGGCCCAGUUUGAGCGGGAUCUGCAGGGCCGCGAUGAGCAGAGCGAGGAGAAGAAGAAGCAGCUGGUCAGACAGGUGCGGGAGAUGGAGGCAGAGCUGGAGGAUGAGAGGAAGCAGCGCUCGAUGGCAGUGGCCGCUCGGAAGAAGCUGGAGAUGGACCUGAAGGAUCUCGAGGCUCACAUCGACACGGCCAACAAGAACCGGGAGGAAGCCAUCAAGCAGCUGCGGAAGCUGCAGGCCCAGAUGAAGGACUGCAUGAGGGAGCUCGAGGACACCAGGGCCUCUCGUGAGGAGAUUCUGGCUCAGGCCAAGGAGAAUGAGAAGAAGCUCAAGAGCAUGGAGGCCGAGAUGAUGCAGCUGCAGGAGGAACUGGCAGCUGCCGAGCGUGCGAAGCGCCAGGCCCAGCAGGAGCGGGAUGAGCUGGCUGACGAGAUUGCCAAUAGCAGCGGCAAAGGAGCCUUGGCGGUAGAGGAGAAACGGCGGCUAGAGGCCCGCAUCGCCCAGCUGGAGGAGGAGCUGGAGGAGGAGCAGGGCAACACGGAGCUGCUCAACGACCGUCUGAAGAAGGCCAACCUGCAGAUCGACCAGAUCAACACCGACCUGAACCUGGAGCGCAGCCAUGCCCAAAAGAACGAGAACGCGAGGCAGCAGCUGGAGCGCCAGAACAAGGAGCUCAAGGUCAAGCUGCAAGAGAUGGAAAGCACGGUCAAGUCCAAGUACAAGGCGUCCAUCACCGCCCUCGAGGCCAAGAUCGCCCAGCUGGAAGAGCAGCUGGACAAUGAGACCAAGGAGCGCCAGGCAGCCUCCAAGCAGGUGCGCCGGGCGGAGAAGAGGCUAAAGGACGUGUUGCUGCAGGUGGAUGAUGAGCGGAGGAAUGCCGAGCAAUACAAGGACCAGGCUGACAAGGCAUCCACCCGGCUGAAGCAGCUCAAGCGGCAGCUGGAGGAGGCAGAGGAGGAGGCCCAGAGGGCCAAUGCCUCCCGCCGGAAGCUGCAGCGUGAGCUGGAGGAUGCCACCGAGACUGCCGACGCCAUGAACCGAGAGGUCAGCUCCCUGAAGAACAAGCUGAGGCGUGGCGACCUGCCCUUCGUGGUACCGCGACGGAUGGCCAGGAAAGGCACUGGUGACUGCUCGGACGAGGAGCUGGACGGCAAGGCAGAUGGGGCUGAGGCAAAGCCUGCUGAGUAGGCCGAUUCUCCUCCUGCUGCCCAAGAUGGAUGGACAGAUGCCCCCACUUCCCCUCCCCCUCCAGCCUCCCCCUCCCCCAGGCCUUGUCCAGGGCAUCGGCUUCCCGACGCAGCCCCCACAGCUCCCCUCCCACCCUCCAAAAAUCUGAUACCAAAGAGUCCGGGCCAGGCCCGGGGAAAGAGCGACCAGCAGGUCUCACCUCCGUCUGAACGCACAGGUGGUGGGCAAGGAGGGCGGCCACUGGGGCGGGCAUGAGAGUUUUCUAUGAAUCUAUUUUUCUGCAGACUAAGGGAGUUUUGAUAGCCCCCCCCACCCUCCCCCCACCCCCAGCUGUCACCUUCCCCCACCUUUGCCAUCAGCUCCUCCCUCCUCCCCCUCCUCCCUCUGCUGUUGGCAAUCACACAUGGUGACCUCACACCCCUGGCCCUGUGUGGUCAGGAAGGAGCAGGCCCAGGGCUCCUCCCCCUCUGUGCAGGGCACAGAAGGCCGGGGACCAGCAGGAAGGGCACUCACCGCCUCUGUGCCGCACAGCGCAGUGCCUCUGCCCUUCCCGAUUCUAGAACGUCUCAAGUGCAAUGCCUCCCGCUUGCCAGCCUGCCCUGCCACGGCGAGGCUCCGAGGCCACGCUGAAGGGCCUGCAGGGCCUCUCCCGGCACUCUUGGGGACCAAAUAUAUUUAAUGGUUAAGGGACUUGUCCCGAGUCUAGCAGCCAGAGCAUCGGAGGGCUGGCGGCCCUCCGCGCGAUCUCGUGCUCCUCCAGGACAGGGCCCAGGGCAUCUGAUCUGCAGCCCACCUCAGUGCGGGGGUGCGGGGGGGAACCUGUCCUGGGCACCAAUAACUUUUGAGAGGAAAAGCAAAGGUUUUUUUUUUUUGUUUUUUUUUUCCUUCCUUCUGUAAUAAAUGAUGCAUUUCUGAGUCUCUUAUCACUGCCUUUCCUUUGGAACAUGUUAGAAGAGUGGUUGUCCUACACUGGUGCACACUGGUUCUGAAUUGACUUCUGUUCCUAACUGUUUUGUAUAUGCUGCAUUUAAACUUACUCCUGGCAAGAAGGCAUUUUUUUUUUUAAUUUUUAAAAAAACAGAACCCAACCCAACAAAUCCUGAGCUAUAGAAAAGCCGUAUGCCUAAAGAGCUCUGAAUUCAGGUCUCAGUUGCUGUCACGAAGGAGCGAACGGCCCUCCCACCUGCCCCCUUUUUAUAUAAGAAAGUGCCUUAGCGCGUGCCGCAGCUGUCACCACUACGUAAGCUGGUUUACAGAUGUUUCCACUGAGCGUCACAAUAAACAGUACUAUGUGCUAUGAGCUGGA